ACCAAAAUAGUUGGCUAAAACUUCUGGAAGGGAAGGCAAAGAAGAAGAGAGGAAAGUGAGAUUCACCAGUUGGGGGUUCGGUUUCCAUGGAUGAGCUGCGCCUAUAUUAGAUGACUUGUCUGGCACAACAAAUCACAGAGAUAUUGAGAUUUCAAGCGUUUUGAGAAGAAAAAAAAGAUGGAGAAGGGAAAGAGAAGCACGAGCUACGGCGAUUUGGGCAUAGACAUAGCCGGGAGCUUCUUCAAGUCGAUAGAGGGCGUUGGACCCCUUUCACCCAGCACACGAAACACAAAGGUCACUGUUGUGGGCGUCGGAAAUGUAGGCAUGGCGGUCGCCCAAACCAUUCUCACACAGGAGCUAACAAACGAGCUGGUGUUAAUAGACGUGCAGGCCGAAAAGCUAAGGGGGGAGAUGCUGGACCUGCAGCACGCCGCCGCCUUUCUCCCUCGCACAAAGAUCAUGGCCGACACCGACUAUGCCGUCUCAGCUGGGUCGGACCUCUGUAUUAUCACAGCAGGGGCUCGCCAGCGCGAUGGGGAGUCCAGGCUCGCACUGGUCGAGCGCAACCUCCACCUGUUCAAAAGCAUUGUUCCCCAGGUCGUCAAAUACAGCCCCAACGCCAUUUUCCUGGUCGUGUCGAACCCGGUGGAUGUUUUGACGUAUAUUACCUGGAAGCUUUCGGGAUUCCCGGCGAAUAGAGUAAUCGGGAGCGGCACAAAUCUGGAUACUUCGCGCUUCCAAUUCAUGAUAGCCGACCACCUGGAUGUGAACGCGCAGGAUGUGCAGGCGUACAUGAUCGGCGAGCAUGGUGAUAGCUCUGUGGCGCUCUGGUCCUCCAUCAGUGUGGGAGGGAUGCCCGUGCUGAGCUUCCUGGAUAAGAAUCAGAUUCCCUAUGAGAAGCACCAUCUUGAGGCCAUUCAUCACACUGUUGUUAAUAGUGCAUAUGAGGUCAUUAAACUUAAGGGCUAUACUUCCUGGGCUAUUGGGUACUCGGCGGCUAACUUGGCCAAGAGUUUGCUGCGGAACCAGAGAAGGAUCCAUCCGGUUUCUGUUCUGGCUAAGGGCUUUCACGGAAUUGAAGAAGAGGUUUUUCUUAGCCUGCCUGCACAGCUGGGCAGAGGUGGUGUGCUUGGUGUUGUUAAUAUCCACUUGACAGAGGAGGAGAGCCAGAGUCUCAUGAAGUCCGCCCGGGCCAUUCUCGACGUUCAACAACGCCUUACUAUUUGAAAGUUUCUAUAUUUCCACGCCUUUCUAUUUGACAGUUUAAUGAGUUAGCCCGUACGUUUUUUUGUAAAUUUGGCAGAAUAGUGAUGUGUCAUAUUUACCUUGUUUUCUAGAGAGAAAGAAUACUAAGUUUUGUAAAUUUGCUGUUGUUAUUUCGUCAAAACCUAUGUGCAAGGUGUAGAGUAGGCAAAAUGGACUAUAUAUGCGAGUUGGCAUCAACAAUGAGUCUGAAUGUAGAAGCAUAUCCAUAUAACCUGAUGAUCCCAUCAUAUGCAACUGCUCCUCAAGUGAAUCCAAGCUCUGGGAUGUAUGAUGCUCAACGCUCGUAGAAGGAUUGGUAGGUGUAUUCGCCUCUACAAUAGCCAAAUAAUCUAUAGGUGGAUCAUGAUGUGCAACGUUGUCCAGGUGAUGAGAAUGAUGUGAAGGUCCUGCAGCCUAGCUGGAUUUCGAAUGUGAAUGACAGGAUCUACCUACAUGUCCUCAUGUAAAGGAAUCCCAGACUCUACUACAAUGAAAGUGAUAGGUCUUCAGACAAACAACUUCUUGUACUCCAAAGAAAACUAUUUCCUAUAAAAUCAUCUAUGUUUGCAAGUGAAGGG